AACGCACUAUACUACAAAGGCUCUCCUGCAGCCAACACAGCCAGAGCAGAAGCGGCUCUACGGAGCGAAGAAGAAAUUUUUUUGUGCAAUUUCAACUCUCCGCUGCGCGUGCAUGUGUGUGUGUGUGUGUUUUUGUGUUUGUACAUAAUAUAGUAAUAAGUGCGUGUCCGUCGUCCGAUCGCUGCUUCUUCCUUUGUUAUCAGUGCGUUUGAAUAUCGUCGUCGUCGUCGUCGGGUCGAGUAUCGAGUAUAGCGUUUGCAUCCCAAUGCUCGGUCUGUACAUAAUAUCGUCCGUGGGUUCGCAAAUAUCUCGUGUUUCAGUGUGUUCGUGAGCAGCGAGUGUGUAUAGGUUCGACGAGUCGCAGCGCGUGUGCAUAUAUUCCUUGCGUCAGUGUGUGUUACAUUAAUGCACACGAAUCAGUGUCGUACAAUAUAUUGCACAUUAUAAUAUAUUAAAGGAUCACUCGAAAAAAGAAAGAGAGAGAGAGACAAACACGCCAAGUGCGAUAUGCUCCAAGGAUCGUUUCGCACCCCGGACUCAUUGCUCGCUCCUCGCUAUCGCUAAACUACAGAAAGUGGAAGGAAUCAGGAGAAAAAGCGGAAGAUGGCCUCGGGUCCGGUGGACGACGUGGACCUGAUCGACCUCGAGAGCGGCGUAUGCGGCUUGAAUCGAGCCAGCGUGCCGGACGCCACCCCCGAGGAGCAGGAACAUCUGCUCGACGUCUGCCCGCCCAAGCUCGAGCAGAAGCUGUCGCUCACGCGACGCCAGAACGAGGAGGCGCGUCGGAAAAUCGCCGAGAGCAUCGGCAACGAUCAUCAGGAUGUCCUCGUUACGCUGGGUCACGAUCAGGUCGUGCCGCAGCGCAAACGCAUCGAUGUCGUGUCGAACGACACGAUCAAGCGAGUGCGCGACAUCACGAGGAAUCUGGCGCCGGUCAUCGGGAUCGGCUCUCCGUCGUUGGAUCGCGUCGACUACCCCGCAGCAGCGGAAAAAUCAUCGCCGUCAAAGUCGCCGAUCAAAUCGAGGGCCGGCUCGAUCGAGGAAUCGUUCGAGGCGCGCGAGAUCAACGACGCCUUCGAGUUUCUAUCCGAGCACGACGACAGCGCCGAGAUAGCAGCAGCCUGCAGCAGCAGCAGCAGCUCAACGCCACAGCAGGCCGGCGCCUCCGCGUUCUCUUAUCCUCUCGAGCCGACCUGCUACAUCAUAGAGGAUCGCGAAAAGUACUGGAGUCCAGGCUUGGAUAACGAAGCCUUCGAGAUAUCGCCGACGAGCCGCAAGCAGCAGCAGCAGCAGCAGCAGCAACAAGAGCAGCAGCAGCCUACGAUGUGGCGAAACUCGAGCGCGUUCGAUCUGUCGGACAGAUUGUUAGCCAUGGGCGGGCAGUCCGUAAAGCGGCUGAGAUCGCUCACUUACUCGGCCAUAGGCGGUGAUAUAGCGGACGAGAGACGUCGCAAAAAAUUCAAAGGCAUGAUGUACAGAAAUAGCUGGAACGGCAGCGGAGGUGGAGGUAGCGGCUCGUCUCAGGGAGCGAGCCGAGAUCUCGUGAACAAGCGAAAAAAGAAGAACGGCGUCACCAAAUCGUCGAGAAAACAUCUGAGGCGCAGGAGCGUAGGAAAACUAUCUGGAUUAAGUGGAUCUAAUCCGAGCGGAUCGUCGUCGAGCGCUGCUUGCACGGCCAGCUCGGACUCGUCGUACUCCUCGUGCUCGGAAGUCGACUGGUCCUGGGUCGAGGAGGUCGACUGCGAGUGCAACGCCGGCAACGAUAUCGGUAAUAUCGGUAAUAUCGGUAUCCACCAACGGAGCCAAGACGACGAGGAGCGGCAGCACCGGCAGCAACGAGUCGACGAGGAGGAAGAAAAACUGGUGCAAGUAAAAGGCGCAAAGGAGGAAGCGCUCGAAGGAUCAGGAGUGACGACGCGGCAGGAGGAGGACUCGUCGUCGUCGUCGUCGUACGGGCUGCAUCGCGCCUCGCCGCGAGCCCCCACCUCGAAGCGCAUGCGCGAGAGCAGCUGCAGCAGUCGUAGUAGCGGUGGAACAACGCCGCCGCCGCCGCAGCCGCCGACCGGUCGCUCCUCCGACGGCAGCAAUAGCAGCAGUAACAGUGGCGGCAGUGUCGCGAUGUCCAUCGCCGCGUCGUCGGUGCAGGCCAAAUCGGCGGAUCCGAGCCGUGUGACGACGGCGACGACGAAUCGCAGCCGCCUCGUUGCCAGUGCCGGUACCCUCGUUCACAACAACAACAAUCAUCAUCACAAUCGUCAUCAACGUCGUCGCAGCAGCAGCAACAACAACGCCAACGACGACAACAACAGUAGUGCUGUGCUAGAUUUUACCUCGAGCCAGGAUCCCGAGGCCAUUAGGCUGCAUAAUCGCAAUGAAAGCAGCGGCGGCGGUACACUGCCAUGGUUGCGGGCCUCGAUGCGGCGUCUUCGUCAGCUGCGAAUACCGGGAACGGGCUCGGCGGCCAACAACAACAGCAGCAACAACGGCAACGCAGCCGCCAACGCCAUCGACAGCAACGGGCCAAAUUCGCUACCCGACAUAGCUCUGAUAGCUCCGGAAAUCCUGGCCGCGCAGACCAACGACACGACCGGUGGACUGCUGAGGCCGUCGAGCGCCCCCGCUCCGAAUCGCAGCAUGGAGAGCGUACUGUCGAGCCCGACGAUCGAUACCUCCUCGACGACGACGCUGGCAGCAACGUCACAGGCGAUCAACGCCGUCUCCGCGGUUAUCGGGGCCAGCAGUAGUCCCCGAAGAGGUCGAAGAAGUAAUGCCGUAGCCGCGGCGGCGGCAGCUUCCGCAAGGUGUCAAGCGAGUACUGGUGCUAGUGCUAGUAGUAGUAGUAAUAAUAAUGGUACGCAAACGAGAGUGAGUCUGGCCGAGUCGACGAGCACUUGUGCCAGCUCGGCUGGCACGACGACCAUAAGCAGUGGCAGUCGUAGUUCAGUGUCUAGUGCUCAAGUUAGUCCGCAGCACCAGAGUCAGCAGCAGCAAAAUCCGCAGCGCGACCAGCAGCAACAGCAACAGCAGGCCGGCUCGCCUCACAGGAUGGGCUCCACGAGAAGAACGUGCGACAGGCCCGGAAGAGACGCCGAGCGAGAUGACGAACGAGGCGAGAACGAGGACGAGGAAGAAAAUCCACUGGGCAAAUGGCCGCACGCGCUCAGUCCAGUAUUCGCUUACCUCGGCUGUACGCUCGGGCUCUUUAAUAUUAGUCGAUUCGCCAUACUCAGCACGCAGUUUGGAUUGAAUUUUCUCCUACAGUUCCUGCUACUCUCCUUCGUCAUAGGUAUUCCGUUGUUCACGCUGCAAGUAUGUCUGGGCCAGAGGCUCGCCGCCGGCGCCGUCGACAUGUGGAAGAUAUCGCCGCUCUUUCAGGGCGUCGGCAUCGCUCUUCUACUCGCCCAAGCCUUCAUCGGCAUCUAUAGCAUAGUCGGAGUCUCCUGGAUGUUCGUUUAUUUCAGGGACUCGUUCAUAACGAAGCAGGACAGAUAUCGCUGGGCCGAGCCCUAUCCCCUGUAUCGCGACGACAUCAGGCCCACGACGAGCGGCAGCAUCAGCAAUCCCAACACGAGCAGCUUCAACAUCCGUUUCACCGAUCCGGCGGUCAGUUACAAUCUGCUGGAGACCGUGCCGGAUUACUUUAACGGCGUCGUGCUGCAGAGGCAUCAUCUGAACGAGCCCGAUCCCGGCGUCGUCACGCUCAAGUUCCAGGUGGCUUUCAACCUGGCCGUCGUCUGGAUGAUCGUUUUUGUUUCACUGAGUAAAGGACUGAGAUCGUACGGCAAGGUCGUGUACGUGUUCACGCUGGUGCCGGUCUUCGGCACACUGGUACUGUGCACGAAGAUGCUGGGAUUGCUGCCGACCAACGCGUCCGUCAGUCUGUUCUUCCCGAGCACCGUCUGGCAGGAGUUCUUCACCAACGGCCGCAGUUGGGUCGCCGCCAUGUCCGAGGUCUUUCUCACCUGGGGCCUGCUGGGCUCCGCCGCGAUGCAGAUCGCCGCGCACCACAAGCACAAGACCCUCUACCGCGACACGAGCCUCGUGAUCAUCAUGACGUUCCUCGUGCUGCUUCUGGCGAGUUUCCUCGCCAACACCUGCUCCAACAUUCUCAAGUAUCACGGCUACGUCUACACGUCCAGCUCGUUUGAACGGAUAUCGGUGUACUCGUUCAUGAAGCCGUACAAUCAGAUAUUCACAUCGGACUACAACACGCCGGAGCGUCUGAUGCCCCACGCCUCGUUUCUGGUCGGUGAGCGCGUGACGAAGCCCAACGCCGAUCUCAACUACGAGUCCGGAUAUCAGGUUUUGAGGCUGGCGACCGAACUGGUGCCGGCGACCCUCGCCGCUCUCGGCGCCGAGCAGGUCUCGCCUUUCUGGGCUGUGCUAUUCUACUUCAUCCUUAUACUGUUCGGCAUUGCUCAACAGUUAGCGAUCUGGCAUUGCGUUAUAACUGGUAUCAUGGCCAUAAAUACGAAGAUGAUGAAGCUGUGGGAGACGACGAUUACGUUCUUCAGCUGCGCUUGUGCAUAUAUACUGGGUCUUCCAAUGGCUACUGAGUUGGGCAUCUACGUUGUUUAUUAUUUGGAUUACACGAUCGGCGGUGCCUGGUGGAUCAUAGUCCUGUAUCUGGUUCAGGUGAUCGCCGUUUUUGCCGUGAGAGGUCGACCGCACACCGGUGAUAUGGUGGUUACUGAGCUAGUCCCGAAUUACGGCUGUCUGAAGUACUGGGCUGGUCCUCUCCUAUCGUUCACCUGGAAUGUGAUCCUCCCCAUCGCGAUGAUGAUUAUGAGCAUAACCAUAUUCAAAAACACCGGUUACCGAGAGCUCUACAGCUAUCGUCGCAUGAGCAAAGACUACUGGUACGUCUGGGCAAGGCAACUCGGCGCUUCGAUACAGCUCGUGCCGAUCUUGCUGAUACCGGCGGUGGCCAUAAUACAGACCUGUCGUUACCUCAACAGCGGACCACCCGAUGUGUUCGACGACGAUGAUCAAGUGGAGGUGAAUUUAAGUCACUGUAAUCAAUGCAACGGCAGAAUCCAGCUGCUCUAUCGACCACCGAUGGACGUCGACGAUCCGAACGCCGAUCCCAUUCAGCUGGGCGCUGCCAAUGGGAUGGGCAACGGACACGGCAACGGGCUGGUCGCGUCGAGCACGGAUCUGCCCUUCGAGGACCCGCCGCCGAAGUACACACCGCCGCCCAGCUACACGACGGCCACGGGCGCCCGAAUCGCCAAGAUGCUUCGCCAGAGCUAUCGGCGCAGCGUCCGACGUAUCACUAGUAUUUUAGGCGACGGCCAGGUCGCCGGAGGUGCAGUGACCAGACAGAGACCGGCACUCCAGCAGCAACACCAGCCACCGCCGCCCGAUUACGCGGCCGUACUCGUGGAGAUGAAUCAGAGCGUGUCGUCUCGCGACGUUGCCAUACACAUCAGCGAGGAUCGACCGGACGUGGCUAACGUCAGACGCUCGAUUCGUCAACCGAGACGGGUUCCGAAUCAACGCAACUGCAGCACUAUGGAGCGCAAUCCGUCUCGCCCCGUGGAUCGUUCGCUCGGUCGAGGACACUACUCGAUGGACCGACGCGUCCCAAUGACGCUGCAGCAGCAGCAGCAACAACAAUCGGCGGAAAGUUCAGCCGCGUCGACGCUGACCGCGAGCGAGGUCGCGAAUCUGCUAAGAAGCAGCGUGCGCCACAGUCAUGGGAGACGACUGCAGCAAAAUCAUCAGACUUCUCCUCCUCCUGCUCGUGGCAACGCUCCUCCGAACGUGUCCAUAGCGGUGAACGAGGCGGACUCGAGCGCGAUGACGCAGCGAGAGUCGCUCAACGUGGCGUCGGCGGAAAAUUUGGUCGAAGCCGCGGCGCCGAUCGGUCGCGAGCCGACCGUCGAGCAGCAGGAUUCAAAGAAGACUGCGCCCCCGAGCCCUGUUUCUGUGAUAUAGACUGAUCGUGAACGAUGCAGGAUUUAUUGUUUCGCAAUGUUGUUCGAUUGUACGUUGAAAAUUUUACCUGCUUGUUCAUGAGUCGAUGCUUGUAUGAGUAAGAACAUAUCUUACGUGUGCAAGACUUAUGAAAAGUAUGAAUUUUCCUCUAUUUAUAGCUAAUUUUUAUCCAUAAAUAUGAGUGUUUCGGUUAAUAACGAUUGUGACGUGGACGAUAUUUCGUCUUUGAUUGUGUAUAUAUACACAUACUCGAAAUUGAUCGUUAUUACCUGUUGUCGAAUUUUUUAUUUUAUUUGUUUUAAAAGAUGAGUUUGACCGAGUGUUUACCCGUCUUCUCAAAUGUUCAACUGAUUAGACUUGAUUUUCAUGUUUUUAAAAAAGUCAGUAGUGUAAGUUUUAAACAUUGUAACCGCUCGAUUUGUAAACAGUAUCGUUUAAGGUCGUGUAUAAAUAAUAUAAUAAUUCUAUAAAAUCGUAUAGUAAAUGUAAAUUUUGAAUGACAAAAGUAUUUAUAAGUAUAUGUACAGUUACAGAAUAAGUGAGUAUCAAAUUCAAGCAAAAUCAAUACAGGAUAAUAGUAACAAAAUUAAGACUAAAAUUUAACUUUCAGAGCACAAAAUGUAAGAAUUGAUUCAUAUUUGCACAAAAAUACUGAAAAUCUUCACUGUUUUUGAAAACAAUUUUACGAAAUAACAUAUCCUCUUCAAAUUUAUAAGACUUUUAAAAAACUAACAAGUCAAAAUAUGUUUUCUUGAUACCCCAAUCGAAGGCAAUAUUUUUGGCUCUGCUGACAAAACAAAUAUUUUAUUUUACAUUGAAGGACUAGAGUAGAAGUAUACACACCGUGGGAAAUAAACAAGAAUGCCUUAUUUACAUGUGAUCUGAGACAUUCUUUUUUUACCCCCUCAAGUCCGUAUUUUACUAUAAAAUCUAUGAUUGAAGAAAAUUAAUUAAUCGCAGAAUAUUAUGAGAGUUAGAAAUCGUUUUUGGAAUUACUGUACCAAAUUAUAGCUGCAAAUAACACGCAAUGUAUAUGAAAAAUAAUCGUAUGAACUGUAAAUAUGUUUAGUGUGUCCUGACAUAUGACAUUACGUCAGACUGUUUUUUCAUAUCUACAAUGUAAAAUAUUUGAAAAUGCUCUAAAUAAAUGUCAUGUAUGUUUUAAUGGUUCAGUGUUCAUGAGUGUAGACACUAAUUAGAAUAUUAACUAGAUAUCUUUUAAUUCCAUGUACAUUUAUCUACUGUUUAAAAAACUUAAUUAUCGACGAGACUUAUAUAUUAUAAAUGUUUAUAAUAAAAGCAGCAAUUCAGUGCUUUGUGAUUCAAAAACAUUAAGAUCCACGUUCAUUGCUUCCUUCUCUCUCUUUCUCUUUUUAUCUUUAUCAACCGAUAAAAAGUAUGUUAAAGCAUACUAUAAUUAGAGAAAACUUUCACAAUAAUCUUUACAGAAUUAUAUUAAAUAAACUUUUAUGAUUUUUAUCUCAAAUGGUACUUCAAUUUCUUUUUGAACAUAUUUAUCAUCAUUAUCAAGUGCAUAUUAAUAGCUUUGUUGACCAAGAAUCAGUGAAGAUUUCAAAAUAUGAACAAACUACUUUGAUUCAAUAAAUUCUGUUAGCUUACAAAUAUAAUAAAGUAUAAAAUUUCAAACUAUUAAAAUAAUACCCAGAAAACCAGUA